CCUCGCUAGAUGCUUCUGUUUCUUGAAUCUCUCCGGAUAUGACGUGCCUCACUUCAAAUUAUAGUGGUAUUUCUUUAAGUUCAUAUUAAGGAUGAGGAAUGGCAUGACACACGACUGACUGGCAGGUCAUGAGGUAUUUCAACGAACUUUGAAAGCAAGUUUUAAGGUAUUAGGUGUAUAGAUUAUUGAAUACUUACAGAAGAAGUAAACGAGGUGAUGGGACCAUUGGAGAAAUCUAAUUUUAAAUACGCACAAGGAAGCGGAGCCUUGGAGUAACUGGUAAAGUUGUCUCCAUGUGAUCAAGAGUGCACGGGUUUAAGCCUUGGGAACGACCUCUGGCAGAAAUGCAAGGUAAGACUGCGUACGAUUACCCCCUUGUGGUGGGCCCCUUCCCCGAAUACCGCGCAUAACGAUAGCUUUAGUGCACCGGAUUGUCCUUUUUUAUCUUUCUAUUAGACCGGAUCGAGUUAUGAGUUAAAUUAGAAUUAUUUUGCGGUGAGGUUGGGAUAAAUUAAAUUAAAAAAGGCCAAAUGAACAGGAUUGUGACAUAUGUUUUGCCAUUAGUGAGUCGUUAGUGAGAAGGGUAUAUAUGUAUUUUUUCAUUAACAAUAAGAGUAUAUUUAUACCUAAAGUAUGACGGAGAGUAUAUCUGUACCAUUUCUCAAAGUUUAUGUAUGUAUCUUUUCAUUAAUAAGAAUAUAUUUGUACCUAAAAUAAAAUAAUGGAUAUAUUUGUAUCAUUUAUCAAAGUUGAGAGAUAUAUUUAUAUAUUUUCUUUUUUAAAUAUAUAAAUAAAAUAACCCAAAAAUUGAUAUGAUAUAAGUUUUUAAAAAUAACCCGGAGAGAGGGAGAGUGACUGCCAGCUUAAAGGGAAGACGGACAAUUAGUUAAGACAGUAACCGAUAAGGGAAGGAAAUUUGGAGGAUUCAAAAUAUGAUAAUUACUUCCUAAAUUAUAGGAUUUGAUUUUUUGCUAUAAAUAUAAUUGCUAUUUUUAGGGGAAAAAAAACACAAGUAACAUACUUAAUAUAUAUAUAUAGAGAGAGUAUAUUUUUAAAGGAGUUUGAAUCCCAUCAGAGUACAAAAAGGUAUAUUUUAAGAGCCUCUUCCAUGUAUAUACAGCUUCUUCCAUCCAUUCAUUCUAAAUUGAAAGAACUAAAAUUACAACAUGCUUUGGAAAAAACAGUACGUUCUUGGGGUUGGAUCUUAUGGCCCGGUACAUUUGGUUGUGCCUGCGGAUUCUUCCACCACGAGUUCUUUAAAGGCUGCAGUCAAAUCCGCAGAAGUUGAGAAUUCAUCUGUACUACGAAAAGAAGGAAAAAUCUUGAACGAACUAAAAGGUUCGCCUUACAUUGUUCGAUGUUUUGGGGAAGACGAGAGUGUUGAGUAUGGUAAGAAGACGUACAAUCUCUUGCUUGAGUAUGCUCCUUGCGGUACUUUACGAGAUUUUAUACUUCUUAAUGGAGGAAUUCUGGAACUAGAAGUAGCUCGCUAUGCAUAUCAACUCCUAAUGGGGAUUCGUCAUGUUCAUAGCAAGGGGUUUGUUCAUUGUGAUAUCAAGCCGAGUAAUAUUGUCGUUUUCCCGGGAGAUCAGUUAUUAAAGAUUGCUGAUUUUGGAUCUGCGUUGAGAGGCACAGAAGUAGCAAGUCAUGAGAUUCAUGUAAAAGGUCAAGUUUUCGACGUGUGUUCUAUAGGGUGUCUUGUUGUAAAGAUGCUCACUGGGGAUCCAACCUGGUACGUUGAGCAUAUUGAGAAAUAUCGAGUGGGGCUUUGUGGUUAUUAUUCUGAUGAGUUUUUGGACAAUGUUUCUGAGAUGGCUAAAGAUUUUGUGAUCAACUGUUUGCUUUGUGAUUAUCCUGGUAGAUUAUUGACUAUGGAUGCACUAAUUCAUCAUCCUUUUAUUCAGAAUGCAAUUGCUCAUGAGAAUGUAGAUCAUCAAUUGAUCAUCUCUAGUGUUGAUAAUAGUCCUUUUGGUGAUUGGGUUUCAAUGCAUGACAUGUUUAAUACAAGUUAUGAUGAUGAGCCUAAAAGGAAGGCAAAAUUAGAAGAUGAAAGUAAACUGAUCAAUUCACUUUUUGCAUCAAAAGAAUUCAUGAAGACAGACCUCACCAAGAUCAAAGAAGUUUAUUUCAGGGCCUCUUCAAGAGAUCAAGGAUCAAGAUCCAAAGAAUGACUAGUUUUGAAAUAAAGUCCUAAUGCCUAUUUGACCAUUUUUAUAAUUAGUAACACCCUUAGGCUAGUCCACAAGAUAUUUAACACUUUCCACCACCAACAGCCUACGAUAUGAGGUAACUCUGUCCUUUAGGUUGGAAUAGAUGAGUGUUUCGUCUUUGUUAGAAUAUGAACUUUAUACAUCAUGGUGCUUGAUCAACUUCAUUGACCGCUAGACCUUUAGCAUUCUAAAGAAUAUUUUCAAUAGAUAGUUUUAGGAUGCUUAUUAAGGGUUUUACUGAAUUUGAGCCAUGUAUCUCUUCAGGAAAUGACCUUUUUUGAUUUUCUUUCUCUAUUUUGGAUUCAUUUUAUGAUUUGA